AUAUAUGUAUAUCUCGUUUCAUAUUAAUUUUAUUCGUUUCAAUUUCCAAGUGUCUCUCUUCUCAGUUCACCAACAUGAAGAACAACCAUAUCUGAUCAAAUUAGCGUCAUUGACGAAACAAACAUGAUCUUUUCAUAAAUAAAUCUUAGAUAGGUUUCAAAAUAUAUAAUAUCAUUUAUAAUAGAGUGAUUUAUUUCUAAUAAUAAUUUUCUUUCAGACAUACGUUUUAGACAAUGUUCGUUUACAUUUUUUAUUAUUAGGUACGUCUAGUACUCUCUAUAGAAACUACGAAAGAAAUAGAUUUGAUAAUAGAAUUGUUCAUUCUAGAAGAUAAAAUUGAAGUAUGGAAAGCAAUAUCUGAUUUUGAUUUAGUGACAUUGAUCAAAGAUAAAUUUUAUUUAUCACGACUUGUGCGAAGAUUGGUGACGUUUGUCCUCAUUUAAAAUCGUGCUUCUCACGUGUUUGGAUUCUCCCACUCGUGCAAUGAUUUUUUAUAUCUAAUAUCAUAUUCUUACCAACUUUUCAAGCCUUUUUUCUAGGCUUCUCUGUCUUUAAAGUGGUCAAUAAAUUCAUUUAUUUUAAGUAUUCCAUUAAAGUUGUAACGAAUAUUAGUAUUUUUAUCAUAUUACUACAUACAUUAAUGAUAAUUAAUAUACCUAUAUACAUAUUAUGUACAUGUGUAUUCGUAUAGAAAUAUCUUUUCUUGGUAAAAUCUACUCGACGGUAUACAUUAAAUAUUCGUUUAAUUACGAAAAUGCUUAAGAACACAAUGUAUUUUGUUCAACGUGCAUAGCAUAAAUACGUGACGAAUCGCUUUGAAUUCCAAGACAUGACGCCAACAGUUCGUCAAUGUCAGAUUUCCCGCGAUGUCCUAGAAAUAUGGAAUAAACGAAUCGCUCAUCCGCAUUCUCUGCAUUGCACGAUCGUGGUAUGCAAGAAAUAUAGAGAAUGCAACAAGUUACUUCAAACCGAUUGAUAAUUAUUGUUCAAGGGUUUUAACAGAACUUUAGACUAGUAUCAUUUAAUCGUACGAUAAUAUACUAUCGAACAGCAAUCAACGAAACUUAUAAACGGAUAAUAGGAAGAUAAAUCACGGAUUAAAAGAUUAAUGUUAUUUAUGAAAUAGCAAUCGUAUCCGUUCAUUAAUUUUCAUUUAAUCGAAACCUUGAAAGGAAGGAAAGAGAAAAAAAGAAUGUGCAAAUAAGAGGUAACAAUAAAGUCCUGAAAUAAAAUAUUACGUAUUUAAAAGUAUGAAUUUGUGUAAAAUAAAAGUGGUAAUGUAUCACGAAAAAAUAGCUCGUUCUUUCGGGAGAACAAAAUGAAACUAUUUAAGAAUAAAGUGAAAAACAAAAAGAAUUUUGCGAUAUUGAAAUCUUAUGUUUCAAGUGCAAUCACGUCUGCGACGAUGGAUCACAUGAGAAGCACGUGUAAAUGAAUACUACUCAUACGCAGAUACAUCUAUAAAAUUUUAUUUCGUUUUAACCACGAUUUUAUAAUGCCUAACAAACAUGUAAAUAAAGCAAAAUAAUAUCUAUAAAAUGAGUAGUAUGACAUAAUCACAACUACCAUAGAAUAAAUGAUCUACAAAGAAUUAUCGCUUUCUAAAAGUUUUUGUUACAGUUAUCGAAAUAAUAAGGUUGUAACUAACCUUCACGAUACGGAUGUAGACACACACAGGGUCUUUUAAUGGCACUGGGCUUUCUCUGUUGUUAUGCCAUUAGGGUCACUACAUCAGUGACGUUAGAAGCAAUGACUAAUGCCAAAUCUGCAAAUCCUGCUUUCGAAGAAUUUCCAUGGAGCGCCGCCAUUAAGGAUAUAAUUCAGAGUUCUUUCUUCUGGGGAUAUGUGUGCACGCAAAUUAUUGGUAGCAUAGUGGCACAAAAUUGGGGAGCACAUAAACUUUUCUCACUGGCGCAAUUCGCAUGUGGUUUGGUAACACUUUUAAUUCCCGUACUUGCCGAGUACUGUGGAUGGGAAGCAAUUUGUGUUACUAGAGUAAUCGCCGGUUUAUUUCAAGGCACUGUUCUGCCGUGUCUUCACACAUUACUUUCGAAAUGGGCGCCUAUGGAUGAAAGAGGGAGAAUCUCGACCUUCGUUUAUGCCGGGGGCUGGAUUGGAAACGUACUUUGUUUAUGGAGUACUGGACAACUGUCAGCUUCUCGUUUGGGAUGGCCUAGCUGUUAUUAUGUUUGGGGUUGUAUAGCAAUUGCUUCCAGUAUUCUGUUCUUUUUCAUUGGUAAAGAAUCACCGGCUGAACAUCCAAGUAUACCACAAGAUGAAAAAGAAUACAUUGAAAAUAGUCUUGGAAUGAUAGAAACAGAAGAGAAAUUACCAACUCCUUGGAUUAAAAUAUUAACCAGUAUUCCAAUGUGGGCACUAUUGGUUACACAGUCUGCUCACACUUGGGGCUUCUGGAUGCUUUUAACAAAAAUUCCUUCGUACAUUGGAUCAGUCUUUGAUGUCGAUAUACAAAACAAUGGUCUAUGGAGUGCACUACCAUAUCUCACAGCAUGGAUUUGUAGUUUUCCAAUCAGCUAUAUUUCGGAUGUCCUGAUUAAACGAGAUGUUUUAACCGUACAAACAUCGAGAAAAAUUUGUAAUACGAUCGGUGAAUGGAUCCCAGCAAUUGCAUUAAUCGGUCUUGGAUAUGUUACUAAGGAAGAACCUGGAAUAGCAAAAGCACUUUUAAUAUUCGCUGUUGCUAGUAAUGUUGCUAUUUAUUGUGGACAUAAUGUCAAUCAUAUGGAUCUUAGUCCAAACUUCGCUGGUCCUUUGAUGGGUAUUACAAAUACCGUGGCAAAUAUUUGUAGCAUUUUGGCUCCGCUAAUUGCCAGUGUCAUCGUUAAACAUCCGAAUAGCGUUGAGGAAUGGAGAAAUAUGUUCUUUUUAACAUCCAUAAUAUAUUUUCUUGGAAAUUUGACUUUUAUUGUGUUUGGUACAUCUAAAAUUCAAGAAUGGAAUGACCCUGUAAGGGAGAAAAAGGAUAUCUCUAUGAGUUCUGCGACUGAAUCAUCGAUGGAAAAGGGACAUGCACAAAGAGAAAAAGAUACUGAAAAAUUGGAUCUAGGAAAAGAGUCGUAAUA